CCCGCCCACAAGAUCACCGACUCGAUUCUUGCUCCUGCAUCUCUCUCCUCCUCUAGUCUCAAACUACACCGCUGGGAGUUCUCAUAGCUCCUGCUUGUGCAGCACUGAGAGUGGGCUCUCUACAUUGAUUGUGGGUUGCCGCUGUUCACAUCUCUCUGUAUUGCUGCUAACUUCAGUCUAAAGCAAAGAUCUACUAACCCGGCAACAUCGGUGCUUUGAAGAACAACGUCAACGUUUGAUUCUGCUUUUCAAGAACGAAUGCAUUAAGAUGGAAAAAACUAAAGCCGGGUUUUUCAAGAAGAAUAAGUUAUUUGUAAUAUGGAGAUGUUUGCUCGUGCGUGUGCAAUAAGCGAGCCCGGUGCUAUUGUUUAAUCCCAGUGAUGAGAAUUUGAUGGCUGGUAUUGUGAAUUGCAAAAUGGUCAUGGUUCUAUGAUUUAUUGGUGAGAAUUUGAAAGAGGCAGAGAGGAAGACACGUUUUUUAAACACUCAUGCAGCAUUCUGAGUUGAGGGGAUGGUUGUCCUGAUUUUUGGGAAGUGGAUUUCCUUGGGUUUGUGGAUUAUUUCGUUAGAAAUGAUGCUGGUUCCGUUUCUUUGGUUGUUGUCAAAGACUUUUGCGGCACCUUCUCUUACUGCUGAGCAAAUUAACAUGGGGGUGGAUUGGUUGAGUAAAUUUGGCUACCUCCCACCCCCAGACCCGGUCACCGGACAGCUGCAGACUAAGGAGGCCCUGACCAAAGCUAUUAAGGCCAUGCAGAGGUUUGGAGGAGUGGAGGAGACAGGAGAACUAGACGAAGCCACUCUGGUGCUGAUGAAGACACCACGCUGCUCACUGCCUGACCUGAACGAGUCCGAGACAGCAAGGAGAAAACGCACCCUCACCACUCCCUCAAAAUGGAACAAGAGGCACCUUUCAUGGAGGGUGAGGACAUUUCCUAAGGAGUCCAACUUGGGCCAUGACACUAUCCGAGCGCUCAUGUACUACGCUCUGAAAGUCUGGAGUGACAUCACGCCGCUCAACUUCCACGAGGUCGCUGGCAGCGAGGCGGACAUCCAGAUCGACUUCUCCAGGGCAAACCACAACGACGGUUACCCCUUCGACGGGCCGGGGGGCACCGUGGCACACGCCUUCUUCCCAGGGGACCACCACACUGCCGGGGAAACGCACUUCGAUGAUGACGAGUCCUGGACAUUUCGCUCUUCAGAUGCGCACGGUAUGGACUUGUUUGCCGUGGCGGUGCACGAGUUUGGCCAUGCCAUCGGACUAGCCCACACCUCGGCCAUCGAGUCCGUUAUGAGACCCUACUACCAGGGACCCGUUGGAGACCCCCUCAGAUACGACCUGCCUUAUGAGGACAAAGUCAGGGUCUGGCAGCUAUACGGUGUGAGAGACUCUGUGUCUCACACGGCCCGUCCUGACAUGACAAGGACCGCUGAGCCCCCUGUCCUACCAGACCUCCCUGAAAACAGAUCUACUGUCCCGCCAGCUCGGGACGCCCCAGAUAGAUGCAACACUGAUUUCGACGCUGUUGCUCAGAUACGAGGAGAGGCGUUCUUUUUUAAAGGCAAAUAUUUCUGGAGGCUGACCAGAGAGAAGCACCUGGUGUCUCUCAGGCCAGCGCAGAUCCUUCGCUUCUGGAGAGGCCUGCCGAUCAACCUGGACAGUGUGGACGCUGUCUAUGAAAGGCCGGUCGAUCACAAGAUUGUGUUUUUCAAAGGGGGAAAGUACUGGGUGUUUAAAGACAAUAACGUAGAAGAGGGAUACCCGCGUCCAAUCAGUGACUUCGGCCUACCGUUAGACGGGGUGGAUGCUGCCUUCGUCUGGACGCACAAUGACAAGACCUACUUCUUCAAGGACGGACUCUACUGGAGGUACGACGACCAUGAGCGGCGGAUGGAUACGGGGUACCCGAAAGACGUCGUGCUUUGGAAAGGAGUCCCAGCUCUCCUUGAUGAUGCCAUGCGAUGGUUAGAUGGAGCCUCCUAUUUCUUCAAGGGGAAGGAGUACUGGCGGGUGGAGGACAAUGAGAUCGAGGUGGAGGCUGGGUACCCACGCUUGAUCGGCAGGGACUGGCUGGUGUGCACUGAGAUGCAGUCGGACUCCCCAGCCACACACACUAACGAGACGCGGUCAAGGCAGGGGCAGAGGCAGCACCACGAGAGCCGCUCGGAGAACGGGUAUGAGGUGUGCUCCUGCACCUCAGCCUCCGAAAGCUCUGCCCCGGCACGGACACUGCCCCUCCUGCUGGCUGUGCUAGAACUCUGCAUAUGGACCCUCACAGCAGCCCGGCCAGCGCCGGUAUGAUGGGCAGACAUGGACCAAAUGAAAUAGACACCAUGGACUAGAAAACAAAAAAAGUGUGCAAUUAAAAAGAAGAAACAGCCAGUGACAAUACACAGCUUGCACUGUUUUCAGUACAUCUCUACAUGAUUCUUUGUUGAUCUAUACCCUUUGAUUGAUUUUGAUCCCCUUACCGGUUAAUGAACAAGUGCAUUUGCUCAUUAUUAUAAAAAAAAAAAAAGCUUUUAUUCAUAAUGAAUGGAUCUGAGCUGCCUCAUUUAGUCACCAUACUAAAUGUGAGUAGUUUACAAAUUCAUUUUUUACACUGUAACAUAUUUAAGCAUGUAUAAAUAAUUUGCCAAAUAUCUCUUGUAUAAUUUCUGUUGUCUUAAUAUCUUAUUAAGCUGGUAAUAUGAAGUGUAUGAUUUAUUUCAUGAAUUUAUUUUAGCUAAACUCAGCAGCACCCUCCAUUCAUUAUCACUAGUAGGCUAAGUUGUGAUUAGCAUAAGAACAUAUUUGACAGCCCUUAAGUUAUAUUAUCAAUAAUAGGCAACUUGCUGUCUAUUACAAACAACUGGUAGUUCAUUAAAACCCAUGAUUUGUA